AUCACGACCCGUAACGCCACCACUCAUUUCUUAGCCACUUCAUCGCAUGCCCCAGCGUCAGCAGAAGGGCAAGGCCGCCCAAGCAGGGCAUGGGGCGCCAGCGGCUGGUCGCACGCCCGCCUUCGUACAGAAUCCUCAGUACGGAGGUCGCGCAGCGGCGGCGUCUAGCAGGACUGCACGACCUUCGCCAUUCCGUGCUCUCAAUCCGGCGUACUGGUGCUGUCCAAGACAAGGCAAGGCGCCUGGCCCUCAGAGGCAGACGCCGACGGCACCCACUCGCGGACAACCCUCUCCCAAAGCUCGCCGAGACGCUCCACGCAACGUCAAGGGUGUCUACCUCGCUCAGCCGCCUGCGCAGCGUAUACUCUUCUACCACAAGCAUGACCCCCACUACGGCUUCACCAAUUUCUCCGACCACCCCGUCAAGUAUCAGGGUAAGGUGUACCCCACGAGCGAGCACCUAUUCCAGGCAUUGAAGUUUAUGCCUCACAAGUCGCAGGUAGCCGAGCAUAUCCGGACGAGCUCGCCAAGCCCUCGCGCUGCGUUUACGGAAGCGCAUCGCUAUCAGAGUGAGGUCCGUAAGGACUGGUCCAAGGUCAACGUAAAGAUGAUGGAGAUUGCGCUGGAGCACAAGUUUGAUCAGCAUCCGGCUCUGCGCGAGGAGCUGCUUGCUACGGGAGAGGCGGAGCUUGUCGAGGACUCUGCCCAGGACGCCUUUUGGGGCGUUGGGCCCAACGGGAAGGGGCGCAACGAGCUUGGGAAAGCCCUCAUGAGGCUGAGAACGCAGUUGCGCCAGCAGAGGUUUUGAACGCCGAAAGUAGGCACCAAAUCAGGCGACCUCGGCCACUGUGCGUGAAGGUCCUCAAAAUUGUCUUUAGAGGUGCACCCCGUCACGAUGCGAACUAAUUAUUGCGUUAAAUAUGUAUGUAUGUGUUCA